AUGUCAUCGCGCACCGCCCUCCGCACCCUCCUCCCAGCCAUCACCAACAAAACCACGCUCGCGCUCUCAAGGACAGCAGCCUCCAGAACCCUCACAAUGACGUCCCAAAACAACAACAAAUUCGCCGGCGGCACCCAAGCAACCCACAACCCCCACCCGGACUUCAAAUCCGUAGAAUCCACCCGCCCGCCCUUCAACACCGAAGCCUCCAUCACCUUCACAAAAACAAUCUCCCCAGACUGGUCCUUCGGCUCCGGCGCGAACCCCCUAGGCCAGCCCGGCCUCUCAACACCACACGUAGCAAUCGAUCCCCACGCCCAAGGCCGCCCGGCAGGCUUCAACUACAAACUCCUCAUCUCCGCCAUCACCCCGCGCCCCAUCGCCUUCCUCUCCACCCGCUCCGCAGACGGCACCGUGACGAACCUAGCGCCGUUCAGCUACUUCAACAUGGUGAACCACGAUCCGCCAAUGUUCGUCGUGGGCUUCGCCGCGUCCAUCGAGAAACCCAAAGAUUCGCUAAAGUGCCUGCUCGAGAGCAAAGAGUGCGUCAUCAACAUCAUCUCCGAGGGCUUUCUCGAGGCCGCCAACUCGACGUCCGUCAAUGCGCCGUACGGGAAGUCGGAGUGGGAUGUGAGUGGGUUGACCCCCGUGUACGACUGCAAGCACGUUCGGGCCGCGCGUGUGAAGGAGGCCGUCUUCAGCGUCGAGGGGAAGCUCGACUUUGUGAAAGAGUGGGAUUCGCGCGCUACCCCGGGCAAGAAGAGCGGUGUGACUGCGUUUAUUGAGGGCGUCAACUUUUGGGUGAGGGAGGAUGCUAUCAAUGAGCAGAAGAACAUUGUCGAUCCUACUGUACUCCGCCCUGUCAGCAGGUUAGGAGGCAUCACCUACGGCCGCACCACCGAGGUCUUGGAGAUCCCGAGAGCCGACUGGGAUGGCAACAUUGGUGGCGAGGAAGGCUAUGAGAAGCUCAAGAAGAGUAAGCAAUAG